GGUGUCGAAUCUUCUUUGUUAUGUCGAAUACUUAUUCGUCUUCCCUUCCUCCUCUUUCCCAAAUCAGUUUUUUCCCAAAUGGCCACGGCGGUGCUCCGAUCUCAGGAUUGCCUGAGAAAUCAACGCCACCUCGACGCCUUCGGCCCCUCCCCACCGAUGCCGGUGAAACACCGCCGCAAGAAUCCCCCCCGGUCUUCUCCUUCUUCUUCUCCCCCAUCUUUCUACCCUGUUCUUCCUCCAAAAUCUUGUCGGCGCGGAUCUGCACCUCCUGCUCGGUCUCCGCCCCCUCAGGCGGUGAAAUCGGGCCAAUCCGGGAACGCGCCUCUUGACCCACGCAGAUCGACGUCUCUUCGCACGGAUGGGCGGGUCCUCGAGGGCGAGCCGCGUCCACGAAAGCCUCUCGUGAUGCAGGAGGUGCGGAUCUUGAAACGAGGAGAGGAUCCGAGGCUGGCCGUUUUUCCUACCUUUGAUCUGAGGUCGGAGGUUGAUAAUUCGAUCGUUUGCUCUACAGAUCGGUUAGGACCGGAACCGCAGGUCCUUCCAAAGAAGGUUUUCCUCGCCGAUAUGCCGUUUCCGUACGCGGGGCCGGCCUACUCCGCUGCAUCCCCCGCUCCUAGUUCACUCCCCAUUCCCUGUUUCUUGAAAAAAGAUGACGCCGACGCAGCCAACAACGAUCUUGCUUCAAGGAUUCUUAAGGAGCUCGUUUGUGUGUGCUAAUCGGCCUGGAUCCCAAUCAGUGUAGGUAAAAAUGCAAUCUUAGUGGCGAAAGGUUCCGUUUUAAUGGUGAUAAUGGAUCUGCAAAUUGGUGGUCUUGGUCAUAAAAGGCCGAUCGUUGGGGAAACAAAAGAAGAUUGAAAUCUGGUGAUUCUUGACAAGAUCAGUUUCAGUUGGCAUGCCUUCCGUAGACUUCUCCGGUUACCUACCUCCCUCUAUUUUUUCAAAGGGAAGAUAUGACCGGAAGAACUCUAGGUGUUACUGCUACUAUUAGUACAAGUCCUAUCGUUCGUAUUCCUAUUUCUCCUAGCUCUACUCCUACUGUUACCACAACUCUUUCCUUUUGUUUCUUUUCCUCUUAGAUUAAGCUUUCUAUCAAUAUAUCCUUCAAGAUUAGGUGUAAACAUGCUAUCAUACUCGUAAGGAAGGUAUAGGUGUUUCUCUUGUCAGUCCAGCAUGGUAUCUUUUAAAUGUCGGUUCUCGUAUCUGUUUGUGUUCCUACAAUUUCUUUAAGCAGCAGUCAGGUGUGUGUGUUUAUGCUUUUAUAUACUAAACUUGCUUUUGUUCCGCAUUCGAGGAUAUUAUAUUCAUUUUCUGUUGAAUAAAAUUAGUGUGUUUUCAGUGAA